AAAUCCAUUGACGGUAGCGGGAAACAAAACAAAACUAAGGUUGGUAUUAGAUGCAAGACACAUCAAUCCUCAUUUAUUUAAAAACAAGCAUAAAUACGAGGAUGCCUCUGUUUCAAAAAGCUUAUUCGAAUCAGGUGAUUUCAUUUUUUCAUUUGAUUUAAAAAGUGCAUAUCAUCACAUUAGAAUGCAUGAACUAGAUGAGGAAUACUUAGGUUUCAAAUGGAAAAGCAAGUAUUACCGGGAUACAUAUUUUCGAAAGUUAUGAGAGAGGUAGUCAAGUUUUGGAGGUCAAAAGGUCAUAAAAUGGUCAUGUAUUUAGAUGAUGGGAUGGGAGGUGCCUCAACAUUACACGAAGCAGAAUUGGUGAGUUUAGAAAUUCAGAAAGAUUUAGACAAAUUGGGGUUUCUCGUUGCAGCAGACAAGAGUCACUGGGAGCCAGUGCAAGAAUUAGUAUGGUUAGGGUUUGUAUGGAACACUAUAAACAAUAAAAUAAUGGUGACGUCACCUAGGGUCAACAAACUCAAGGUUUGUAUUGCAAAUAUUUUGGAAGGUUAUGAUGCUGGUUUUGUUUGGUUUGAUGUAAAAAGUAUCGCAUCUGUGGUUGGACAAAUAAUCUCAAUGCAAACGGUAUUGGGUUAUGAUGUUAGACUAAGAACAAGGUAUUUAUACUUUUGUAUUUUGGCACGUUCCAGUUGGUAUUCAAGAGUUAGACUGUCUGCAGAGGCGGUAAGUGAAUUAAGAUUUUGGUUGACAUCUGUUGAAGAAAUGAAUAACAAUGGUACGUUGUUAAGUCAGUUGACAGAAUCUGAUGUAAGUAAGGUGUCAGUUUAUUGUGAUGCAUCUAACACUGGUUUUGGAGGUCAUUUGACCAUAUGUUCAGAGGGUGAACAAGUCGAAUUUGAGUGGUAUGGAGUUUGGAACGAAUGGGAAAGUAAGCAAAGUUCUACUUGGAGAGAACUUGAGACAGUAAAUAGAAUAUUGUCAAAAUCAGUUGAUAAAGUUGAAGGUAAAUCUGUUGAGAUAAACUCUGAUAAUAAGAAUGUGCAGCAUAUUUUGAAAGUAGGGAGUAAAAAGAAAAAGUUACAAGACAUUGCAAUGUCAGUGCAUAGAUUAUGCAAUGAGAAGGAUAUCCAGAUAACAGGUAAAUGGAUACCAAUAUCAGAAAACGUAAGAGCAGACUCUUUGAGCAGAAUGACAGACUGUGAUGACUGGUCAGUUAGACAAUGUGUAUUUGAUUAUUUCGACAAUAUCUGGGGACCACAUACGUGUGAUAGAUUUGCAGAUCGUCAUAACAGUAAGUGUGAGAAUUUUAAUUCUAAGUAUUGGUGCGCAGGAUCAAGCGCUGUUGAUGCGUUAUCUCAGAUGUGGACUGAUCAUUUGAACUGGGUUGUACCCCCUCCAAAAUUAAUUCCUUUAGUGGUAAGAAAACUUGAGAAUGACAAAUGCAAGUGUACUUUGGUAAUUCCAGAGUGGAAAUCCGCUCCGUUUUGGCCAAUGUUGAUUGAUAAGGAGGGCAAUUUUAAACAUUAUGUUAAAAAUUUUUCGAAAAUACAAAAUAUUCAUGCAAUUUGCAGGGGGAGAGGAAAUAAUGGAAUAUUUGGGAAAAAAGAUCUGUUAUUUAACAUGAUUUUUUUGAAGAUAAAAUUUUGAUGCAGUUGACAUAUUUUUACAGGAAUAGGACUACAGGACAGUAUUAAAAGAAAUGCAGAAAAACAUGGCGUAGAACCAGGAAGUUAUUUGGCGGAUCUGUGUCCAUAUUUAAGCAGCUGGAUUUUGUCAAGUAAAAGCGAUAACACUAACAAAUCCUACUUUAACGCUUUUAAGAGAUGGGAAAAAUUCAUUAAAGUUCAAGGACACAGUGCGUUGCCGGCGAGUCCCAUGCAUGUGGCAUUAUACCUGACGCAUUUAUUACAAAACGGGUCAUCUCAACAUCCUGUGAACGCUGCCAUUUAUGCGAUUAAGUGGGCUCAUGAAUGUGUAGGUUUACCAGAUCCAACGAAGAAUUCUUACGUUUCAUCUCUACAAGAAGCUGCAAGACGGAAAGCUGGUCGUGCUGUGCAGAAAAAAGAUCCUAUUACCAAGGAUGUGUUAUUUGAACUUUGUGAUAAAUUCAUUGAUGAAAAUGAUUCG